AUGUUAAUAUUUGCCAGUUCUGAACAAUUAUAUAUUUUACAAUCAUGUGAUGAUUUUCUUGUUGAUGGUACAUUUAAAGCAUUAGGUUAUCAGAAUCGUUAUCAAGAAGAUGCUAAAUUUGCUCAUAACAUUAAUAAAAUAGCUGCGGUAGCUUUUAUUCCACCUUGUGAUGUAUUACAUGCAUAUUCACGUCUUGCAUUAGAUCUUGAUGAUGAUUACCAACAUAUUUUAAAUUAUUUUGAAGAUACAUAUAUAGGACCACUUCGCCCUAACAAUGCACGACGUCAACCAACAUUUAGUAUUGAAUUUUGGUAUAUGCAUACAAGGACAACACAAUCAUCCAUGCUUUUAUUAAUGCUUGAAAAAACUUUUGGGUUUAUAACGGCGAAACUCAGGUUUUUGGGAACUCUUUCUUAA